AUGCCUUGUGUUCAGCCUCCUGCAACAUCAAGAGCAGUGCUGAGUCCUGCAACAUCAAGAGCAGUCCUGGGUCCUGCAACAUCAAGAGCAGUCCUGGGUCCUGCAACAUCAAGAGCAGUCCUGGGUCCUGCAACAUCAAGAGCAGUCCUGGGUCCUGCAACAUCAAGAGCAGUCCUGGGUCCUGCAACAUCAAGAGCAGUCCUGGGUCCUGCAACAUCAAGAGCAGUCCUGGGUCCUGCAACAUCAAGAGCAGUCCUGGGUCCUGCAACAUCAAGAGCAGUCCUGGGUCCUGCAACAUCAAGAGCAGUGCUGGGUCCUGCAACAUCAAGAGCAGUCCUGGGUCCUGCAACAUCAAGAGCAGUCCUGGGUCCUGCAACAUCAAGAGCAGUCCUGGGUCCUGCAACAUCAAGAGCAGUCCUGGGUCCUGCAACAUCAAGAGCAGUCCUGGGUCCUGCAACAUCAAGAGCAGUCCUGGGUCCUGCAACAUCAAGAGCAGUCCUGGGUCCUGCAACAUCAAGAGCAGUGCUGGGUCCUGCAACAUCAAGAGCAGUGCUGGGUCCUGCAACAUCAAGAGCAGUGCUGGGUCCUGCAACAUCAAGAGCAGUGCUGGGUCCUGCAACAUCAAGAGCAGUGCUGGGUCCUGCAACAUCAAGAGCAGUGCUGAGUCCUGCAACAUCAAGAGCAGUGCUGGGUCCUGCAACAUCAAGAGCAGUGCUGAGUCCUGCAACAUCAAGAGCAGUGCUGGGUCCUGCAACAUCAAGAGCAGUCCUGGGUCCUGCAACAUCAAGAGCAGUGCUGGGUCCUGCAACAUCAAGAGCAGUCCUGGGUCCUGCAACAUCAAGAGCAGUGCUGGGUCCUGCAACAUCAAGAGCAGUGCUGGGUCCUGCAACAUCAAGAGCAGUGCUGGGUCCUGCAACAUCAAGAGGGAGAACGUCUGGAGUUGCAGGUCUACGAUCUUGA